GCUUGCAGUUGUCUUUUGGAUUUCAUUGUGAAAAGCCUUUGGGUAGUUUUCAGAUGACAGAAGAUCCUUGGUUCCUGAAAGGGAGGAGUUCUGCCAAAACUUUGAAGAUCCAUGUAAACUUUGCAAAUUACCCAUCUUUUGGAGACAAUUAUAUCAAACGAUACUGUGGAUUACAAUACAUGAGAAGUGUUUAGAGCCUGGAAGAUUAUUUAUGUUUGGCAUUAACUCUUAUGGUCAUAAUUUGAAGUGGAGAGGAAAGGAAUACACAGGAACCCUCUUAUUAUCUUUUGAAAUAUGAAGAUCAGAGGAAAAGCAGGGUUUAAAGUGUGGAGUGAUGGUCCUCAAAACCUGUCUAUAAAUUAGCUGGCAUCCUACAUCUUUAAAAACAACAAGGCUUCGAGCUGAUUUUCAGGCACAGAGUGGACCUCGUGAUUUGUUAGCUGUACUUGAAGAGCUGAAUUGUUAUAUACCACAGAAGGAAAUUGCAGCCCGCGGGGCAGAGUACCUGUACAAAUGUUUCCUCUUUGCUUGGAUUGAUACAAGAUUUGGAAGCCAAAUUCGGGAACUGACAGUUGCACUGGUGAAAAAAAGGAAAAGCAUGGACAGCAAUAAAGAUGAUGACGGACUAUUGAACCGGAUUGCAUUUUCAGAAGCUAUGUCCCUGGCUAACAGCCACGGGACUCCCCACGGGGUCCCCCUGAGGGAGCCCUUUGGGGUUCCCUUCCACCUGGAGCCAUCUUACUGGGACCAAGCCUACAGCGGGCACACAGGUCGCAUUUCCUAUAUCCCAUUCGCCGGAUACGUGGGCAUCUACGACUACUCCUUUGAGCCUGCCUUCAUUCGAAAGAGGAACGAGAGGGAAAGGCAGCGGGUGCGCUGUGUGAAUGAGGGCUACACACGCCUGAGAGAGCACCUGCCCAAGGAAUUUGCUGACAAGCGCCUCAGCAAAGUGGAGACCCUGAGAGCUGCCAUAAGUUACAUCAAACACCUGCAGAGCUUGCUGGACUGUCAUCCCUUAGAGUCUGGCGGUAAGGAAGCGCUCUCUACCAAGGAGAUCACGGAAGCUCCCAGUCCUGGUCCCCCCAGGGAGUGCAACAGUGAUGGGGAGUCUAAAACCUCUUCAGCGUCAUCCCCCUACAGUGAAUUUGAGGAGCCGGGCAGCUAGGAAACAUCUUCUCUGGAAACAGAAGCCUUCCAGAUCAACUGAAAACCAAAUCUAAAACCUUGGGGAUUUUGCUGCAGAUUAAAAUGAAUACCAGGAAAAGGAAAAAGGCUAGGAAGAACUGAAGGUAUUUUCAGUCUGUCAGGGGACUUUUAAUUUUGUCUGCAUGAAACCUGAAAACUCUCUGUAAGCAAGUCGAUUUCUCUCAGAUUGCUUCUGUCGUACUACCAAACUUCCUUUAGACUGUAAAAACCAAAGCAAUUUUUACCAUUCAGCUUCUAUUCUGUUUAUUUUCUUUUGCCUCGCACUUGGUAAGACAAACAGAUAAAUCAAUUUCAGGAAAUCCUCCUCCCCUCUCUCCUGCUCCCUCCUGUAACUUUUAUUGUCUAUUUUUCCUGACUGCUAACCUGAGAUGCACUGGGUUAUAAACAAUUGGACUGGGAAAGGUAAGAUUUAGAUAAAAAUGUCUUUCCCUAACGUUUUUUGAAAACUCACACAAUGCUUCUAUUUCCAAAAAUCUUUUUUUUCCCCUUAUAAAUAAGCCCCUAUUUGUGAGUGGAUUUCUUUUGCAGCAUCUUCCAAAGUGAAAGAAACAACUCAUACUUUGGAAACUGGGCUAUACAGUGAUUAUUUGAAGGAUUCUUUUCAGGAGAAGAAAGUCUUACGCUUUCAUUCUAAUAAUACAAGAAAGUGGCGACGGAGUUUUAUAAAACUGCACCUAUGAAAGCAAAGUUCCACUAAUGAUACUGAAGAAAUAUUUCCAGCCUUUUUCUUUCUUUUAUGAAAACUGAGUUUGCGGACAAAAUAUUAUUGAUUGUGGCUUUUUGACAGGUCAGAGUUUAGACGCUUAGAAAUGUGUUCCUGUAAUGGUUAGGUACCGGUGUGUACAAAAAGGGAAACAUUAACUAUAUCAGUUUACAUCUGCAUGAAAAUAUAGGCAUUUCUCCUUUUUUUUAGAAUAUUGUAUUUUUUUUAAAAGACUACACCUUUUAAGAUUAAUAUUUCAAGAUCUAUGAAAUACUAUUAAUUUGGACUAUGUCUACUUAAAAUGAGAUGCAGAAUUUUUCUCCAAAUUUCUCAAAAAUCUUCCUUUUCUCCAAGGCCAGAUUUAUCCAAACACUUAAUUAUCUGCUUAUAUUUAAGUAUCUGCCAUUCUGAAUUAGGGGAAAACCGCUCUUUUCCCAUAUGCUUCCCACUUACCUUUCAAAAAUGGUUUCAUAUCUUUUUUUCCUCCUGUCAUGAUAUGCUGACUGAAAACCUGAAAAAAUACUCCUGUAUAAAUAUGAACAAAUACUGAUCAAAUACCUCAAAACAUGUCCAUGAAUUUUGUUUAAAUAAAAAGUGGAAUUAA